GUGUGCGGUUCCCCCUUGGUGUCCAGUCGGAUAGUUGGUGGUACAGAUUCAUUGGACGGGCAGUGGCCCUGGCAGGUCGGUGUUGUAAGUGAAGAAUUAGAUAGAGAAUAUUUAUGUGGAGGCUCCCUGAUCACCCCAGAGUGGGUUCUGACCGCAGCGCAUUGCAUCCACAAAGCUAUCAAAUUACAAGUAUAUCUGGGCAUGUACCAGCUGGGUGUGAUCAGCUCCCAAACAGUCUAUGUCAAUGUAAGCUCUAUCAUCGUCAACAGUAAUUAUACAGACACUGCGAGCCCUGGGGACAUCGCCCUGCUGAAGCUGGACACCCCUGUCAACUAUACUGAGUACAUCAUGCCGAUCUGUCUGCCAUCUUCCACCACCACCUUCCCCUGUGGUAUGGAGUGCUGGGUGACCGGCUGGGGUACAAGAUCUUCUGGAGGUGAGCCCAUGAGCAAAAGUGAUUUCACUAGAGAUGGGCGACUCUGCCUGGGUUAG